AAAGGUUUUGUUUGUUUUACCAGGACACAAAGGAGAACAGAAAUAAAGGAUUUAAUUACUUGCUGAGAGCAGCAGAAGCUGGAGACCGGCCUUCCAUGAUUCUGAUAGCAAGAGCAUAUGAUACAGGUGUAAAUCUUGCUGCAGACAGAGCCCAGGACUGGAAGGAGGCCCUGCACUGGUACAACGCUGCGCUGAACAUGACUGACUACGAUGAGGGAGGGGAGUAUGAUGGCACUCAGGAUGAGCCCCGCUAUCUGCUCCUGGCCAGGGAAGCAGAGAUGUUAAUGACGGGAGGGUUCCACCUGGAUAAGGAUCCACAGAGAUCAGGUGAGCUUUACACAGAAGCAGCAGAAGCAGCAAUGGAAGCCAUGAAAGGCAGACUGGCAAAUCAGUACUACCAAAAAGCAGAAGAGGCUUGGGCGAUGAUGGAAGAAUGACGCCGAAAUUAAGCAGUUCUUGUAUAUAAAUUUUUUAUAGACUUGCUGCAUUUGCAGCUAAAAAGCUAUAUUUUUAUGUGAUGUUACCAGUUCCUUUUUUUGUAUUUCAGUUUUCUAAGGUUUUUUGAGGGGAGGAAUUCAAAUGUAACUAUGUAGGGUACCAUAGCAUACUUCUGUUAGUGUUUUAAAGCU